CCAAAAAUGGCAACGGGACAACUGUUUUCUCGGACCACACAAGCUCUGUUCUACAACUAUAAGCAGCUCCAUGUUUAACGAAUGCUCGAUUUCUGAUUUCCUCUGUGGACGUGAAACGCCUUCUGUUGCUGGAAUCAUCAACCCUGGCUCUGAAGGGUUUCAGAAGCUCUUCUUCGGACAGGAGGAGAUCGCUAUCCCUGUCCAUGCCGCCAUUGAGGCUGCCUGUGCUGCUCAUCCAACCGCAGAUGUAUUCAUCAACUUCGCAUCUUUUAGGAGUGCUGCUGCUUCAUCUAUGGCUGCUUUAAAGCAACCAACUAUCAAAGUUGUGGUUAUAAUAGCGGAAGGUGUUCCAGAAUCUGACACCAAGCACUUGAUUGCUUAUGCUCGUACAAACAACAAGGUUGUUAUUGGACCAGCCACUGUUGGUGGUAUUCAAGCCGGAGCCUUUAAGAUUGGUGACACUGCAGGAACAAUUGAUAAUAUUAUUCAGUGCAAGCUGUACAGACCUAGAUCUGUUGGUUUUGUCUCCAAAUCUGGUGGAAUGUCUAAUGAAAUGUACAAUACUGUUGCUGGUGUGACUGAUGGAAUCUAUAAAGGGAUUGCUAUUGGUGGAGAUGUGUUUCCAGGAUCAACUUUAUCUGACCACACCCUACGGUUUAACAACAUCCCACAGGUAUAUAUACCAAUUAGGCUUGCGGGUUUUGUCUCUACGUUAGUUCGGGCCGGUCUGAAAUUUCGGCGAAGUGAACCAAAAAGAAAUUUGGUUCGUUUUCGGUUAAGUUUUGCGGUUUAAAUUGAAUAAAUUUUGAAAAUUUCAUUUAAGUUGGGUCAUUUCGGUUCGGAUUUUGGUUAGUUCGGUUCAGAAUUUUGGUUAACUUGUUGCUCGGUUUAAGUUUGAAGUUUUAAUUUUAGAGCUUAUUUUAGAAUUUUUAGGAUUUUUAAAAUUUUAUUUUCUUUUUAAAAUUUGACAUUUUAAUUUUAGAUCUUAUUUUAGAAUUUUUAGAAUUUUUAUUAUUUUAUUUUAUUUUCAAGUUUGAAAUUUUAGUUGUAAUUUUUUUGAAUUUUUUAGAUUUUUUUAAUUUUGUUUUGAUUUUUUAACAAUUUUUUUCCAAUCUCAUUCAAUUUUUUUUGUAUUUUUUGUAUUUUUAUUUUUUUAUUUAAAAAAAAAGAAACCGACACGUUAUCAUUUUGACUUAUAAAAUAAAUAGUAUCGGUCGUCUAUGAACAAGAAAACGUCUCUGAAGGUUUAUUAUGAUAAAAAUGUAACUUUGAAGAUUUAAAGUAAUAGUCAAAAAACUCCAAUGUUUAAAGUGUUAAAAAAUUAUGCUUUCGGUGUUUAAAAUGUGAUUUUCCUGUCUAAAUUGGUUAUUGGGUGCCGUGAGUGGCUGUUUUUUCAUACUUUUAUCAAUUAUAUUAUAAUUUUUUGAAUACUAUAAAAUCUAAUAAAAUAAAAUAAAAGAGAAUUCAUAUGAUUCGAUGGGUCUGUUUCUGUUAGAUUCCUUCUCUGUAAUCGGUGUUUUGAAACCCGACGCGGACCCGCGGUUGAACGGAUAAAUCCGGUAAUCCAGAAAAAAUCUGGUUUGGAUUUUGUGAAAAACCCAAUAUUUAAAACCCGCAAAAAGCCGCAAAAAACCAUUAAAACCCAGAUCCUGAUACCGGUUGAACCACCGGUUAAACCAAUAAAUAACUUUUACUUUUUUUUUUAGUUUUUAGAUAAAAAGUUAGGUUUUCCUUUUUCAAUUUAUAUUUUUAUUAGAUUUUGAUGAAGAUUUCAUUAUGCCACGAGAAAAAAAUGAAAUGCACAAUGGUAGAGAGAAUCAAAAUUAGCUGAUGUGAUUUGAUGUUAAUUUAUUUCUGUUAUUGACAAUUUAUUAUAAUGAUCUUUUAUUUUUGGUUUAUUUUGAAUUUGAAGUUUUAUUUAUUAUUCACAUUAGACAUUAAGAUUUUCAAUCUCAAGUUUCAACUUUUUAAGAUCUUCAUCUCUAUUUUGAUUUUCUUCAUUCAAAAUAUAUUUGUUUUCUUUUAAAAGCUUAAAGACUGAAUGAUUAUAUUCACUUAUUUAAAUAUUUAUGAAUAUUAUAUCUUGAUUUUUUAGAAGUCAUAACUUUUACUUUGUUACACAAAUUUUUAAAUAGUCUAAAUAAUGUUUUGAUAUUUUUUAUGUCAAAUGAAAAUAAAAAUAUAAAAACUAAAAUUAAGUAUUUUUAAAUACUUUUUAAACAUAAAAUAUAUACAUAUCCAAACUAUUAUUUUAUGUUUUAAAAACAUUUAAAAAUAUUAAACUUUAGUUUUUAUAUAUUUAUAGCUAAUAUAUUAUUAUAUAAUAAAAUUAAUUCAUUUAUUAAUCCGCAGUUCAUCCGCGGUCGACCCAGUGACCCGGUAAAUCGUCCGGUUUAAUGUCUGGAUCGGGUUUAAAAACAUUGUCCGUUAUUGAUUAUGACAUUUAUUUGCCAUGUCAGUAUCGCAACCACGUCAAUUCGUGCUAAUCGACCCAAACAAAUCAUUUUCGUUCAGAAAAUAGUACCCAAGACGGAUUCGUAUCUAGUUCAUCAUAAACAUAGUUUCAGACUGGCCAGAAUAUUAUAUGAAGACUUGUACUAACGAGUAAAAAACAUUUUGAAUAGAUCUAACCACACAAUACAUAUAUGGCCAUAUAUAAAACUAUGUUUUGACGAGGCUAAUCUUUCUCAAAUUUGAUAAUUCAAUCGGUGGUUACACAUAAAAGUUAAUAGUUCGAAACUCAACAUGACUUUUUGAUUGAUGCACGUUACAUGAUAUGCAGCGAUAUAGAUCUGACUAGAUGUGGUGGAUAUAGAGUUCAUCUUUAUCCAUACAAAAACAAUAGCAUUUAUGAUGAAUGGUAAUAUCUAUAUAUCUGAAAUAAAUUUAAGAUAUGAUAUAUGUGAAUCACAAAAUAACGAAAAUGAAAAAGAUAGUUUCAGGAUAAAAAGGUUUGCGGUUUGCUUACCGAGCCACUGCCAACUAACAAUAUCUGUUUAUAUACAUUCCCCUGUUCAUAUGCUCGUAUAUGCAUGCACAUCUCUUCAUAUAAAGCCAUUCUCACACAUAUUAUUGUAUAGGAUUAAUGUGUUGCAAUAAUAUGUUGAUUAAAUUGGCAACGUAGCGUGUCUUUGAUGCAAGAAUGCGUCUCCUUGUUUCCAACCUUCCAAUGAUAUUACACUCUAUCCACACAACUCAUCGCAUUUAAUCAUACUAUCUAUAUAUUUUACAUGCAUCAAAAUUGUAGUUUUUUUUCUAAAAUCUUUGAGCUCAUAUACUAAGUUAUAGUUAUAAAACGAGUAUACUGAUCGGUGUUGCCAUUUAUGCUUUAUCUAUAGAAGUUUAGGUCUGUCCAAUAUGGUAAAACCGAACCGAAAUAGACAAUAUGGUGUAGUUUUGGUAGAUACCAUAUAAACCGAAUUGAUAUGAUUUUAUAAAAACCGUAGGAU